AUGCCCCUAGCCACUCUUCAUCUCCUCUCCCUCACCAAAUCAACCGACCCUCAAUCCUUCCUGCAGCAACUCAAGCAAUCACCCAACACUCAAGUCAUCGUGGCCUCGCGUCCACGACAUGUCGUGAUCCAUCCAACGACGCUGGACAAGAAUCCCCUUGCCACAAACCAGUGGGAUCUCCUUGUCCUCCUUCUAUGCAGCCAGACCCCCAACCAGGACCCAAUCCCACCCACGCUCCGCCACGCAGUCACAAACGAGUAUAAGUUAACCACCGGCGUCCCCUCAAAACUACUAUCCACCUACUCAUCCCGUGACCAAACCCUCAAGCAAAAUGCAUCCGAGAUUCCAUUGACCGGCUCCCUCGAUAAAGUACUCCGUGAGGGAAGCAAAGAAACGUCCCAAAACCUCGAAGUCUCCCCCGAACUCCUCCAGUUCAUGACUGAGCUCUCCAAGACACACACCGGGCCUGUCACCAUGCUGAACCUACUGCAUUUUCAAGUUCCUGACGGGAGGAAGAGCUACUACCAGUACGGGCAGGCCUUCAUUCCUGUUGCAGGAAAACGCGGCGGGGACGCCAAGUUGGUGGGCAAUGUGGUGCCGCCGGGCGAGGGGCAGCUGGAGGAUUCCAGAGGGCAUCGGGGCAGGCCGCAUCAGGAAUGGUGGAAUGAGAUUUCCAUUGUGCAUUAUCCGUCUAUUCACCACUUUUGUGAUAUGUUAGCGGGGGAGGAUUAUCAGGCCAUCAAUGAGAAGUAUCGAUUGUCGGCACUUCGCGACACAUUCUUGUUGUGCACGACUGAAUUUGAUGUCGAAGGGUUGGGAGCAUCGAAGCUGUGA